CAACGAUGAGUUUCCACAGGCGAUAUAGCAACGACCCCGCCACCACAACCACGUCCAGCGACGACAUCAACGACAGUGUCGAUAUUGGCAUGGACUCUUCCAGCGGCGACAGUAGCUUCAGUACCAGCUAUGAUGAACCAAUGAAAUGGGAAGUCGCUCCUCUCCCCACUCUGCGAAAGCGAUCUUCGUCGAUCGUGGAACAGCCCGGGUUCAAGCGGUCCAGGAACAGCGAACCUCAGCCAGAGACCAACGACGAGUCAGAGCAGUGGAUGGACCGGGGGUAUCCAGUGGUCGAAGAAGAUACCACAAUGGCCAUGUAUUAUCCCAUCAAGAAGGCCAGUACGAGCAGCGAACGCCAUAUGCCUUGGGAAUUCGAUGACAUCCCAGGCCCGAGGAAGCGACCCGGUUUUGAGGAGCCACCUAUCUCCAAGCGACCCCGCCGAACUGGUGAAUUUGCUGGAUAUGUCAACCAGCGUAAGCGAGGCAGGGACGAGUACGACAAUCUCCAGCGACCCAGCAAGCGACACCAGCAGACUGGGGAUUUCAUCGAGUUUGUGGGUCGAAGCAAGCGCGCUGCUGACGACAUCGACGAUUCUCCCCGCCCGGUCAAGCGGAGUGCUUCUCGAUUCUCAAUCUUCUCUGACCCGAUUUCCUGCCGCCGUGAAGCAUCGCCUCUCUCUGCAAUCGAUCGAACAUGCCUCAAGACGACUUUAUCUCCCUGUACUGGCCUCAACUACCC